AUGUUUGAUGGGAUUGUGAGGAUAUUGACAAAUGUAAAGCACGUCCCGGAGCUGGAAAAGAAUCUGGUGUCACUAGGCUACUUGGAGCGCAGUAGAUACAGCUUCAGUAGUAGGGCUAAAAGCGGAGUACUGAACAUCUCCAAUGGAGCUAUGGUGGUGAUGAGAGGCAGGAGGUUGGACAAUAACCUCUAUCGCAUGGAGGGAUCUGUGGUGACUGGAGAGUCUGAUGCAGCAGCUGCAGCACAGGACCAACAGGAGGCUUACAGGAUGUGGCACUACCGUCUAGGCCACAUGGGUGACAGAGGGCUGAGGGAGUUGAGCAGGAGAAGACUCAUCUCUGAUCUGGAGGAUGGUGCUACAGGAGAGAUCUGUGAGCCUUGCCAGAUGAGAAAGCAGAGGAGAGUUCAAUUCAACAUCAGUACAGCCCGCAGUGCAACCCCUCUGGAGUUAGUACACAUGGAUGUGUGGGGACCAGCCCCAGUUUGA